CUGUGUAACUGCCGACCAAAGCCACCGAAAGCAGCGAGCGUGUCAACGCCGAGCGCGGCGACACCGAGACCCCCCCCCCCACUUCACCUGCCUCCCGGGCAGAAGGGAAGUGUGGAGGGCCGGAAGGAUGGUGCAGUCCUGUUCCGCCUACGGCUGCAAGAACCGAUAUGAUAAGGACAAGCCUGUCUCUUUCCACAAGUUUCCUCUGACUCGCCCCAGUCUUUGUAAACAGUGGGAGGCAGCUGUUAGAAGAAAAAACUUCAAGCCCACUAAAUACAGCAGUAUUUGUUCAGAGCAUUUUACCCCAGACUGCUUUAAGAGAGAGUGCAACAACAAGUUACUGAAGGAGAAUGCUGUACCCACAAUAUUCCUUUGUAUUGAGCCACAUGACAAGAAGGAAGAUCUGGAACCCCAAGAACAGCUUCCCUCUCCUCCUUCACCCCCCACUUCCCAGGUGGAGGCUGCUAUUGGGCUGCUAAUGCCUCCUCUCCAGACCCCUGAUAACCUCUCGGUGUUCUGUGACCACAAUUACACAGUGGAGGACACAAUGCACCAAAGGAAGAGGAUUCACCAGCUGGAGCAGCAGGUCGAAAAGCUCAGGAAGAAACUCAAGACCGCCCAGCAGCGGUGCCGAAGGCAAGAGAGACAGCUGGAGAAGCUAAAGGAAGUUGUGCACUUCCAGAGAGAGAAAGAUGAUGCAUCAGAAAGGGGCUAUGUGAUUCUCCCACAUGACUACUAUGAAAUUGUUGAAGUGCCAGCGUGAAAAGAUGACAUGUAUUAGUGGGACAAGACUACAUGCUCUCUUUUAGCCUACACACAGGAUUUCAUUUGGGAAAAAAAAAAAAAAAAUAGUACUUGAUUACUUGUAUAAAAAAAAGUCAGAAUAUUUUUUUAAAAUAAAUUAGUUAUAUACUGUAAAA